AUCUCCGUGAGGCCCAACACAUCAGCUGGGCUCCAUUUAGCGCUUUUGUCUGAGCAGAAGCGUCUUCUUGCUGCUUACUCUCUUAAUAUGCCCCAGAAAGAAGUUGAAAACCGAGUAGAAGUUGCAACGCCGAUCAAGGCAACUCUACCAUUCGUAGAGAAGUAA